AUGGGGUUCCUUCAUAUCUUCCUCCUCAUCUUGGCCGGACUGUUGGGGUCUCUUGCCCAGGAAGAUCUCCAGAGGAAGGUCUUCCUUUUCCCGCAGCCGACCAACACGGCUCACGUGGUCGUGAAAGCCAGGCUGGAGCGGCCUUUGAGUAGCUUCACGGUUUGCAUGAGGCUCUACACGGACCUCGCUCGGGCCCAGACCCUGUUCUCUUACGCCACCGAGGCCGAGCCCAACAACAUCGUCGUCGACCGACUGAGCCGCUCCCAGUACAGGCUGUACAUUGGGGGUGAUGCGGUAAAGCUGAACAUCGCAGAGAGGGCGGCCCCACUGCCGGCGUGGGAGCACAUCUGCCUGGCUUGGGACUCCGCCAGCAGGGUGGUACAGUUUUGGCUGGACGGCAACCCUCUGCCCCGGAAGGCGGUGAAGCCAGGCUAUGCCGUCGCCCCCCAGGCCUCCAUCAUCCUGGGGCAAGACCAGGAUGCCAUGGGGAGCGGCUUCGACUUGAUGCAGUCCUUUGUAGGCGAGCUCACCGACGUCUACAUGUGGGAACGGGUCUUGAGCCCCCAGGAAAUGUGUCGCCUGGGGGACAAGCGCAUCCCGGCCAACUCCGUGAUCAACUGGGGGUCCUUGGCUUACAAGAUCAAGGGCAAUGUCUUUCUCACGUACACCCUCUUGCCGGUUAGCCGAGCGGCUUGUGGGUGCCCUUUGCAAGCGGUGCCCUGCUGCUGGAGGAGGGUGGCGCUCUGAGAGUCUCUUGCUGGGUCAGCAAGGAACUGCUCUGUUGAGCUCAGCACUUUCCAGCCUAUUAAGAUUUCUGUGU